AUGGAUGCCGAUAUCGUUCGUCCUUACCGUAAAUUUGCCUACAGUGUUGGUCAUGUACUCAAUGAUUUAUGUGCAUCAAUAUGGUUUAGUUAUUUAUUAGUGUUUUAUCAUCGAGUUGUUCAAUUUUCUAAUUCAUCAGCAGGAUAUCUUCUACUGAUCGGACAAGUGGCAGGUAAACUAAAUAAAUCAAUGGAAAAAAGACAUCGUUCUUAUUUGAAUUUUGUGGGGUGUGUUUGUUCUAAUUCCGCUUAUUGGGCCCAGUUCAUUUAUUAUGCUUCAUUCAUUGUUAUAUUUCAAUUUGGAUGGGCAUGUUCUCAAAUCGCUCAUUUAUCAAUGAUCAAUGAAUUAACACAUGUUGAUGGCGAAAGAGUGCAACUAAAUUCAUACAGAUAUGCUUGGACAGUUAUAUCGAAUAUAUUUGUUUACGGAUGCACAUGGUUGCUGUUAGGAAUAUCUGCAACUACUGGUGCUGAAACAAAUGAUAUAUCAAGGCAGGAUGCACACGUGUUUCAAACUUAUAUCGCUGUGGCACCAUUGUGCUUAUAUGUGAGUGGGUUUUUCACCUCAUUAGCCAUGCGCUACGUGAACAGGCGUAUUGGUCGAAAAGCGACAAUGUUAUUUGGUUUAAUAUUAGAAGUUUUAACUGCUUUUCUCUUCUGGUUUAUAUUUACAUUCCAUAAAUGGGGUAUACCAUUUCCUGUUACAAUUUUAUUUGCAGCAGUAUUACUUGGUAUAGCAACAUCUACAACAGUAAUCACAUCUGGAGCAUUAGCAUCAGAUCUUAUCGCACAUAAUACGGAGAGUGGUGCCUUUGUGUAUGGAAUAAUGAGUUUUGUUGAUAAAAUUGCAAAUGGUGCAGCGAUAGCAAUUAUACAACAAUACAAUCCAUGCAGCACGUCUCCAGAACUUUGUCCGUUAUAUUAUCGUAGAAUAUUGACAUUUGUGCCUGGAGGAGCAGCGCUAUUAUGUAUAGUUUUAUUAGCCACUAUAUGGAGAUCAAAAAUUGGAAAUAGACAAAUAGAAGCAUCCGCGUUACGUUCUCCAGUAUCCGAACGUUCUCCAUUACUUACUGACUUGGUCAAUGCCUAA